AUGCAAGACAACGGCAAGGACGUCAAGCCUGACGCCCACGAGGACAAGGACAAGGACAAGCGCGAGAAGCCUGAACACAAUGGCGGCCAUGCUCACUUGGUCAAGAGCCCCAAGAAGCGCCGCAAAGAACGACCGUGUACGAGAUGCAUCAAGCGUAAUAUCGGCCACCUCUGCCACGACGAGCCGCGCGACCCCGAUUCCAAGAAAGCCAAGAGCUCCCAUGCCCCCUCCACCGUCGAUGAUUCCGAGACGACGCAAUCCGAUAUCGCGCGGAGCUCUGUCGACCAAUCCGCCGCCGGUUCCAUGGGCCCCCCGCCUCCUUUCGACAGGAAGGCGUCCGCUUUUGGCGCUGCCGUCUUGGGCCAAGGGAACCCACUGCACCUCGUGUCACCGGGCUCUGUCUCUGGCAUGCCGGGGAACGGCAGCAACAUGAACCAAUUCGCUGGAUUUUCCGACGCAUGGUUGACGGCCCAGAACCACUACCACGACAUGCAAAGCUACCACCCCAACUACAUGAUCGCCCCCGAGGUCACGCACGAAUUCAACCUCUUGAAUGACUUCUUGCAGACGAGUCUGCUCGAUGACGGCGGCAUCCUCUCUGACGAGUCCCAGAACAGCCCCGCCUUCAGCAGAACUGCCGGCGCCAACGACAUGCUGCCAACGUUCGGAAACCACAACAAUCACAAUAGGGCCAAUGCCGCCAGCAGCAGCGGCAAUGCGCUCUCGCAGCAGAUGCUGCCGCCGCCGAACCUCGAGCAGGGCAAGUCGAUAUCGCGGCCCGGCAGCGUCGUCCAAGCCGACAAGGACAAGGCCCGCGAGUACUACCUACAGGCAGCCGACCCUUCGGGCAACGACACCCCCGAGGAGCGGAUGGAUCGCGUCUUGAAAGCCAAGUAUGAAGCCGGCCUGCUGAAACCGUUCAACUACGUCAAGGGAUACGCGCGGCUCGGCACCUACCUGGACAGCCAUAUUGCGCCGUCGUCGAAGCAGAAGAUCCUUCGGACCAUUGACCGGUUUCGGCCCAAGUUCCGCGAAAAGGCGCAAGCCCUGACAGACAUGGAGCUUCUCUAUGUCGAGAUGUGGUUUGAGAAACAGCUCAUGGAGUACGACCGCGUGUUUGCCAGUAUGGCUGUUCCGGCAUGCUGUUGGAGGAGAACCGGCGAGAUUUUCCGGGGUAACAACGAGAUGGCGGAGCUGUUGCACGUUCCGGUCGAGAAGCUGCGAGACGGCAAGAUUUCCUUGCACGAGAUUUUGACGGAAGAGUCUCUCGUGCGGUAUUGGGAAGAAUUCGGAACCAUCGCUUUCGACCCCGCCCAUGAUACGUUGCUCACAGCCUGUACGCUCAAGAACCCGGACGACAAGGCGACCGAUCCGGUGAUACACUGCUGUUUUUCCUUCAUGAUUCAACGAGACAAUCACAAGAUAAUGCCUCCUCCAAAUCAACCAGCCUCCCCCAAGAACAACCCAGGCGACAAGCUGGCGUCCUUUGCAAUCCUUUCGCAAACCUUAUUGAAGCACCUCCGGUCUGCCAGUGAUCCUCCCGCCAUCGACUCGCUGCUUGCAGAGCUCAAGCCGCAGCUGCAAGCGAUUGCCAACUUCACCACGAUCUCUAGGGCAAAAUCCCACAGGGCAGGGUUGGACAGAAAGGGGACCGAGCUGUGGAACUUGUGCACCAGGCUCCGUCGCGAAGAUGUCGACGGCGUCCCCCCUGCGAGGAGGAAGCUCUUGCUUCAGAGUAGGGUCUUUUCGUUCUUCAUGAUCGCUGUCGCAAGAAAUAGUUCCCCUGGCGCAAAGCCUCAGAUUGCGGAUGUGGUGCACCUGACGAGGCUGAUGCUCAAGGCCGGAAAGAUGUGUAUUGACGACGAGAGUAUCAGAACCAGUACGAACACCUUGAAGCUCGCCAACGCCAUCUUCUCGAAAGGUGCAGGAUACGUUGCGGAUCUGGGCGAGCUGCAGAAAACGAUGCUUGGGCCCGACGACUUGAUCGAGUGUAAACGCUUAGAUUCUGAAUACUAUAUACUCCGCACCGCACUGGCCUGGAAGGAGGACAACCUUACCGUCGCCGAGUUCAUGUACGACAAGGGACAUCUUGACCCGCAGUCUCUGGACCCAAGCUCUGCCGAGAAGAUGACAGAGGUUCUGUUUGAAAUGGGCAAAGACCUCUCCAAAAAGGGCGACUUCCCCAUGGCAGCACGGUGGCUCGAACGAGCGUACAACGUCAUAAACGCCCAGGACCUGGUACACCUCUCCCGCGACGCCAUCGAGCUGCGCCUCGCCGUCUGUCAGGCCCUGGUACACGCAUUUCUGGGCGUAGAUACACAGGACUCAUCCCAAAGGGCGCUCGAGCUGGUCAACUAUGUCGAGUCCGAGAUCGGCGACAAGCCCGUCGUGCUCCUCCUCCGCCUCGAGCUCCUCCAAAAGACGCCUGCUGAGGUCUUCGACGUUGAGGCCUAUGCCGACAUCCUGAGGCGGAUGGUACGCGCCUUCAACUUCUCCGAGGCCCAUUUCAAGCUUCUCGUGCACCAUGCGCGGAAGCUGCACGACAAAAGCCCAACGCAGGCAACAAGUGUUGUGGACGGGAUGCUCAGGGGUGCGAUGGUCUCCUCUGGGCGCGAUGAAUGGAUUGAGAGACUAGUUCUUUUAAGGAUCUGGAUGGAAACGACUCAGAGGGACAGUUUGACGGCCGUCGAAGGGCUGGCGGCCGUCUUGGCCGGGCUUCAGGAUAACUUAGAGAAGCCUUUUGGGGCAUCUGCGGCGGUUGGGGCUUUGACGCUUAUAUGGAAGAAGAUCGAGGUCAACUACAGCCAAGGCCACUUUGACAUCGCGGAUGGCUGGUGUCAGGUCGCGCUGCAGCCCCUUUUUCAAAACGGCGGGCCUGCGAAUAUGUCGAGGGUCGGCAGAAAGCUCAUUCUCUGCGCUCUUGGGAGAAACGACACAGAGAGAGCCCGGCAAGCCCUCCACGACAUGUCAGAAGCGGCGCAAAACGAACCCAUGACGCGUUAUCUGAUGUACAAAGUGGCGCUCCGCUCAGCAGAUCGUGAGCUGGCGACGGAAUGUCUUGAACGAGUUGGGACAGCGGCAGGAAACGAGCCCGACUUCUUAUACGCUUGCGUCCUAGAGGCGCAGCAGGCCGGAGAUAGGAUGUGCGCGAUGCAGGCCAUGAAGCAGUUGGUCAACAAGUUCGAAUUCAGCGAGACGUCCCCCGUGCAUCUCCCUGCGCUGUUGCGGUGCAACAUUCGGCUGGCUGUUUCGGUCAUGGAGAGCGAGAAAGACGCCGCUAGGCAGAAGACUGUGGUGGAGGAGAUCAUCGUUCUGUUCGAAGGAGGUGAAAAUGUCUUUUCCUUGCAACCGGGUGUCGUGGCUUACAAGGUCGUAGCCGCCAAAGCGAUUCAACGAAACCCAAACGACAAGGAUGGUAACCGCCUCUUCACAGUCAAGGAACUCGACUGGUUCUGCCAGAACGCGUACAACCUCGGCCUCAAGCACUCGGACAACUGGGACCUCGAGCGGCUCGUCCGCCUGUACAACAGCUGCCUCGCCAUCGCGGCGCACUACCCCGCGGACAUACCCUCCGAGGCAGCGAGCGACCUCGCCUUCAGGACCAUGUUCUGCAACUUCGUCGCCGCGGCGGCGCUUAUGUCGCUCGCGCGUGUCGAGGAUAUCGUCGAGCGGCAGCUGCAGCACUACCUCGUCAUGCGGCGGCACGUAAAGGCGUACAACGAAGCGCUGGAGGAGCGGGCGGGGGGACUAGACAAACGAGUAAAGACCGAUCUCACAGCGAAGUUGGCGACGCUGAUGGUGUUUGACUUUGAGGCGGCGAUGGCGCUGAAGAAGUAUGAUGCUCUUGGGUACAUCAUCCGCACGGCCAAGACGUGUCGGGACGUGAACGCGCUCAAAGCCAUGGGCGACAUUGCGCUACGCGGCAGGCUUCCCAGCCAGGGGGUCAUCGUCAAUGAGAUCUGGGAGCUGGAGAAGAUGAAGGGCGACCGGCUGGCAAAGUACAUCCGGUGUAUGUUCCAAGCCGUGCUGCCGCUCGAUGCUGCGCUGGGGCAGAGGUUGAUGAAGCAGGCCAUCGAGGUGGCGAGGGAUUCCGCCAAAGACAUCCGGCUUGCUCAGGGCCAGCACCCGUUCCCGCCAGAAGAGCUCGAGUGGCUCGUCACCGUAUCCUUCAACCAGGCAGUGGACGCGUACAACGUGCGACAGGACGACGAGUGCAACAAGUGGGCGGACCUAGCGAUGAACCUCGCGCACUAUGCUGGAGACGACGGCGAAUUGGAGGCCUUGCUGCAGGAGAACCGGAUGAAGUUGAAGUUUGAGCUGUAG